AUGAAUCGUCCACCUCGCGGCAGAACAACGGAGGAAUACCAAUUCCGCCGCACUUAUCAAGCCUGCAUUCCCUGUCGCCAGAGAAAAGCCAAAUGCGAAGUGACAGACGAGAAUCAGCCGUGCAAAAGAUGCCAGGCAAAACAGCUGCACUGCCGCUAUCCCACCAAGCGGCCAUGGCAACGCAACCCAUCAACCACAACAUCAGACACAAACGUGCUGAGGAUCUGGAAUGCCUGCCGCUUCGUCCGGAUGGGCUGGUUCACUGCCUCUGAGGCUCUCCUCCUCAUCGACCGCUUCUUCACGCACAUGUGUCCUCAAUCCCCCAUUCUGACUUCUUUCUACGCCAAUCCCGCCCAUCACUACUGGCUGAUCACGCAGGAGCCCAUGCUGUGCUGCGUUAUCCUGCUCAUUUCCUCGCGAUAUCACCAUCUCCCCGGCUCGGCGGGCUCGUCACGCAGCUACUUCAUCCACCACCGUCUCUGGCAACAUUGCCAGCACCUCAUCCUCCGCAUCACACUGGGGCAAGAGAAACUAUCCAAAGCCAAAACCCGGCAUCUGGGUAGCAUUGAAGCCCUCCUCCUCCUCUCAGAAUGGUAUCCCCGGUCGCUGCAUUUCCCGCCCGAAAGUGACGGCUGGGAUGCGGAUUUGAUGCUGACGAAUCCCGAUGAUCGCGAUCCCCCGCUCGAUGAAGAUGACGUUCCCAUGUCUGAUCGGUGGAGGGCGGAUGUUGUUGAGCCGUCAAGACGAUCGGAUCGGAUGUCAUGGAUGUUGCUUAGUUCUGCGCUGGCGCUGGCGCAUGAACGGGGCGUUUUUUAUGGGAAGCCAUCGCGGGCAAGAGAUGUGACUGGGCCCGAUGCAGAGAUGUAUCUUGCGCAUUUGGAGGUGAGGAGACAGCGUCUGCCGGGACUGUUGUUUGUGUUUGUUAAUGGGCUUGCGGCGAGGAUUGGCUGUACGUCACUUAUGCCGGAGUUUGGGGGCAUAUCGACUUGUAUUCCAGAUGCUGGAUGGACUGCGCUGAUGCAUACUUGGGUGGAAUUGACGAAGCUCACCAAGGAGAUCACGGACUCUGUGAUGGCAAAUGGCAUGGUAGAUGUGGCCAUGUUGGAUGGAUGGAGAGAGAAACUGCGCCUGUUGAAAGAGAGUCACAAUGACUCCCUCCUUCACAUCGAACACCAAUACCUCCGCGUCUUCACCAACUCCCUCGGCAUCCAAAUCAUCGUCGAACAAGUCCUCUCCCACCCUCAAUCCCAACCCAUCGACGCAUCCUUCAUCGCGCGAGCACGCCAGCUCAACCUCACCCCCGCGCAAUACGAAUACAUCGAAGAAGUCAUCGACGGAGCGGGCGCCAUCCUCACUCACAUCGUGCAAGAAACCCAACCCCUCCAGUAUCUCCCAAUCCGAGUCUUCCACCGCGUCAUCAGCUCCUCGAUCUGUCUCCUCAAAGCCCUAGCACUGGGCGUAAAAACCGCCAAACUGGAACAAUCGCUACAGUUGCUCGAUCGGGCGAUUGCUGCAUUCCAAGCGCGUCCUCUUGAUGAUAUUCAUCUUAUUUCGCGGUAUGCUACGCUGCUUGAAACGCACGUGGAGCAGCUUCGGCAGACAUUCGCUAGAGUGAAUGUACCCACCACGGAUCAUCAGAAUGAAUCUAUUAACGAGGGAAUGUGGGAUGUCCCAUCAGACUGGAGUGAUUGGCUAUCGCUACCGUUUGACCCCCUGAUGGCGCCGUUUGGAGAGUGGGAUGGCCAGGAGUUGGAUCUGGAUGCGGCGUUUUGGGAUUUGGAUUUUAUAUGGAAUUUGCCUCCUUGA